AUGGAUUAUUUGGAAGAUCCAUAUUCUGAUGACGAAGGCUAUGAACCAAUCGAUGAAUCAACAGAGACUGUGGACUCAAAGAAUUACAAGGUUUUGACGAAAGAUAAUAUACAGCAAAAUCAAGAACAUGAUGUUGCACUACUCUCUUCUGCUCUCUCUGUACCAAGAACUGCUGCUGCUGUAUUGCUACUGAAUUAUAAGUGGAAUGUCGAGAAUGGGCAAGAAGCAUGGUUUAGUGAUGAAGAUGCAGUGAGGGAAUCUGUUGGUUUGCUCAUGAAGCCUGAUGCAGGAUCACGAAAACACGGAGAGUUAUUGGUAUGUGGUAUAUGUUUUGAGCCUUAUCGUUAUAAUGCACUUUGUGAAAGUGUUGUUGCUGUUGCGUAUUGUGAUCAUAGUUUUUGUGCUGCAUGUUUGAGGAUUUAUGUUAGUGUGGCUAUUGAUGAGGGUCCUAGAUGCUUGGAUUUGAGAUGUCCGGAGAUGUCUUGUCGUGCUGUAAUUGGGAAAGAUAUGGUUAAUUUGUUGGUGACUCGUAAAGAUAGGAAAAAAUAUUUUGAAUUUUAUUUGAGAUCGUAUGUUGAGUUGAAUAGCGAGAGGAAAUGGUGUCCUGCCCCGGAUUGUGGAUGUGCUAUUGAGUAUGAACUCGGGAGUGAGAGCUCUGGUGUCAUUUGUGAAUGUUUGCGGAGUUUUUGUUGGCAUUGUGCUGAGGAUUCUCAUAGUCCGGUUGAAUGUGAGACGGUGAAAAAUUGGAUUUUGAAGAAUAAUUCGGAGUCUGAGAAUGUGACAUGGGUACUUGCUAAUACGAAGCCUUGUCCUAAAUGCAAGGUGCCAAUUGAGAAAGGCAUUGGCUGUAUGCACAUGACUUGUAAGCCUCCCUGCGGAUAUCAUUUUUGCUGGAUUUGCCUCGGAUCGUAUAGGUCUCAUGAUUCCAGGGCGUGUAAUGGUUAUAAGGAGACGGUAAGGAGAGGCGAGAGUGAAGUGGAUAGGCUUAGAGCGUCCGCUAGGGAAUACAUUAGGAGAUAUGCUCAUUAUUUUGAAAGAUGGAAUGCAAAUCGCAAGUCUAGAGAGAAAGCAGAAGCAGAUUUACUUGAGGUAAAGACCACGAAACUUCAGCAACUUGGGGAAAAGCUCUGUCUGCCAGCAGGACAGCUGAAUUUUGUUACGGAAGCCUGGGAACAGAUUGUUGAAUGUAGGAGAGUGUUGAAGUGGACGUAUGUUUAUGGAUAUUAUAUGGCACCGGAAGAACAGACCAAGACAGAACUGUUUGAGUAUUUACAAGGUCAGGCUGAGGUGGCUUUGGAAAGGCUUCAUGAUUACGCGGAGAAUAAGGUCCAGGAAUACUUUAGAGAUGAUGCUGAUUUGGAGAAGUUUAAUGAGGUGUUUCGGAAGGAGCUUGCAAAUCUGACCAGGGUAACUGGAAGAUAUUUUGCUAACUUUCUUAAGGGAUUAGAAAAUGGGCUCUCUGAAGUUGAUGAUGCUCCAUUGGAAGUAAGGCAUGUCUCACGGACCGAUGGUGACUGGCAGUGUCCAAUUUGCACCUUCCUGAAUGAUGGUGAGCAUAACAUUUGCUAUAGUUGCAUGAUGGUUAGGGGGAGCUAA